AUGAGUGCACCACGCACAAGCAAAGAGGGACCCUUCUCAACCAUCCCCAAAGAACUAUACCUCGCGAUAUCUGAGUUCCUUCCAUCACUAUCAGACCUAAAUGCGUUCGCGCGCACCACCACAGCAACCUACAGUCUCCUCAACACAGACCUGUACAAGCGCGAUGCAAAGUCUCCCAACCCCAAAUCCCUCUUCUGGGCCGCAACAACCGACAACACCUCAACAGCCCUCAAAGCUCUUUCCGCAGGCUUCGACAUCGAAUCCAAGACAGAGAUAAAUACAGGCCAGCAACUCAAGGGCUGCACCCCAAUCCUGCUAGCCGCUUAUUACAACAGCCCCGCAGUACUCAAACUGCUCCUGCUAAACGACAAAGCAAACCCGAACACCCCCGAUGACAAAUGGCUUUGCUCGCCACUGUCCUGGGCCGUCAAAGAGUGCUGCAUAGCCAUUGUUCAGACCCUGCUCAGCGACAGCCGUACAGACGUCAACCAGCAAGACAAGAUUGGCGAUACCGCACUCAUGAUUGCCGUCAACUACCAGCCCGCGAUGGUCCCCCUGCUUCUCUGUAGCGGACGGGCUGAUCCGCGCGUGGGAAAUCUGCAGGGAUGGACGCCUCUCAGUCGUGCCGCGCAGGAGAUUGAUGGAGACGUGGGCAUGUUGCUUGCCGACCACCUGCGCCUGAUUAUCCAGGGGGACGAUGGCGAAGAGGAGUGUCAGCAUGUGUUUUUCUAUGCGGCUGUCAUGGGCUAUGUUGACAUCGUGCAUUACAUGGUGAAAUGCUAUGGAGAGAAGGUCGACCCUAACGCCGAGGAACGACAGUAUGGCCGGGGAGCGUUCGCGAUUGCGGCCUCGGCGGAGCGGUUGGAGGUUGUGCAGUUUUUGCUGGAGUGGAAGGCUACGAACCCUAACGUGCAGACGGAUUGGACGAAGCAGACGCCCUUGUUUGUUGCUGCGCAGCAUGGACACGACGAGAUCGUGGCGCUGUUGCUUGAUUCUGGCAGGGUUGACCUGGAGAUUGCUGACAAGCAUGGGACUACGCCGUUGGGAAUCGCGGCCGAAAGAAACCACGAGGACAUCGUGCGGCGGUUGUUGGCUGGGCCUCGACGGGCUAAUCCUAAUGCUCGCGACAAGAAGGGUCGGACACCGCUGUUCCAUGCUGCAUUGAGCGGUCGCCUGGGUGUUGUGAUAAUACUCCUUGAGGCGGAUGGAAUUGAUUUGCAGUUGAGUGAUGCAGAGGGGAAGACGCCGGUGGCCGUGGCCUUGGAAUAUGGCAAUCGCCAGGUUGCGGAGGUGCUACAGAGAUACAUUGACAGCGAACCGUGA